UCGAUAACUAUGCUAGAGGUACAUCUUAAAUUUGUCAAUAAAACGUCAAAAAUCACAAGAAAAAUAUUUGGUUGCUCGCCUGUAUUAGCUUGCGUGCACGAGUGAGUAAAUCUGCAGUAAAAUGUCUGGUCGUGAGGGUGGAAAGAAGAAGCCACUGAAGGCACCCAAAAAGGAAUCAAAAGAGAUGGAUGAUGAUGAAAUUGCCUUCAAGCAAAAGCAGAAAGAGGCACAGAAAGCGCUGGAACAAGCAAAACAACGUGCGACACAGAAAGGUCCUUUGGUUGGCGGAGGUAUAAAGAAAUCGGGAAAGAAAUGAUACUGUCAUUUAUAAUAAUAAAUAUUUGUCCUAUCGUCACACAAUGCUACACAACCAUUUUACCAAAUUAAAUAAAAUUUUAUUUAAUAAAUUUUUGUAAAUAAAAAAAUUAAGUAAAUAAC